AUGGCUCUCAUGUUGAUGAUCCCGUCUCCGAGACGAUGGGUCACUCUACUCUCCUUAUCCCUUGCGCCAACUCUGGUCGCCGCCGUGAAUCCAGCAACCUCAACAAAAGCUGCUGCCGCCGAUUAUUAUGUUCGCGACCUUCCCGGCCUGCCCGCUGAUGGGCCCAAGGUCAAUAUGCAUGCUGGCCAUAUCGAAGUUACCCCUGAAUCGCAUGGAAAUUUGUUCUUCUGGCAUUUCGAAAACCAGCACAUUGCCGAUAAACAGCGAACCGUUAUUUGGAUCAAUGGUGGACCAGGUUGUAGUUCUGAAGAUGGUUCCAUGAUGGAAAUCGGUCCUUAUCGACUUAAGGAUCAGGACAAUUUGGUAUACAACAAUGGCUCUUGGAACGAAUUCGCCAACCUUCUUUUCGUCGAUAACCCCGUCGGCACGGGCUUCAGCUCCGUCGAUACCAACAGUUACAUCCAUGAACUUAAGGAAAUGGCUGACCAAUUCGUCAUCUUCCUCGAGAAGUGGUUUGCCCUCUUUCCCCAAUACGACCGCGAUGAUAUCUACAUCGCAGGCGAGUCCUAUGCUGGACAGCACAUCCCCUACAUCGCCAGGGCUAUUCUCGACCGGAACAAGAAGGACUCUAAAACCGCAUGGAACCUGAAAGGACUGUUGAUCGGCAACGGCUGGAUUUCUCCAGCAGAGCAGUACCCUGCUUACAUCACAUUCGGCAUUGAGAAGGGCAUCAUCGAGAAGGACUCCGACAACCACAAGAAACUCCAAGCCGAUCUGCGCAGCUGUGAAAAGAUGAUGGCUUCUGACGUUGGUCAUGUGGAUUAUGGAGAGUGCGAGGCUAUCCUCUCCAACAUGCUCAAGUUGACCAAGAAGGGUGACGGUGACGACGCAUGUAUUAACAUGUACGACGUACGACUCAAGGACUCCUACCCCAGCUGUGGUAUGAACUGGCCCCCGGAUCUGGUGCACUUGACUCCCUACUUGAGGAAGCCCGAGGUGACCAGCGCUCUUCACGUCGAUGCUAUUAAGAAAUCUGUUGGAUGGACCGAAUGCAAUGGUGCUGUUGGAGGCGCCUUCAAUGCAAAGAAUUCGAAGCCCUCUGUCGAGCUCCUGCCCAAUCUUCUCAAAGAAGUUCCUGUCAUGCUCUUUUCUGGAGCUGAGGAUCUCAUCUGCAACCACGUCGGAACCGAAAACAUGAUUAACAAGAUGGAAUGGAACGGUGGAAAGGGUUUCGAGGUCACACCCGGCAACUGGGCUCCUCGCCGCGACUGGGACUUUGAGGGUGAGACGGCUGGUUUCUGGCAAGAGGCCCGAAACCUGACCUACGUCCUGGUCUACAACUCAUCGCACAUGGUUCCCUUUGACCUCCCGCGCCGAAGCCGAGAUAUGCUGGACCGCUUCAUGGGUGUGGAUAUCAGCAGUGUUGGUGGCGAUCCGGCUGAUAGCCGCAUUGAUGGCGAAAAGGGGCCCAAAACCACUGUUGGCAGUGCCAAGAACAGCACUCAGAAUGCUGCUGAAGAUGAACAUCAGAAGCAACUGGAUGAAGCCAAGUGGGCAGCUUAUUACAAGUCUGGUGAGAUUGUUUUGGUCAUCGUUGUCAUUGGUGCCGUUGCUUGGGGAUACUGGAUCUGGCGCGAACGUCGCAAGGGUGCUGCGUACUCUGUUCUCGCUGAUCACGAUCUUUCCCGACGCUCUACUGGACACCGAGCAAAGUCGCAGCCUGGCGAUCUUGAGACCGCCGCUUUCGAUGAAAGUGAACUUGAUGACUUGCAUGUGACAACGCCGGGCACCAGCACAAGCGCGAGAUUUCCAAAGAACCAAGACGGUAGCGAGAAGUUUGUCACCAAGUACGCUGAAUAG